AUGGACUCGGUUGUAUUCGAGAAAUUUGAAGGCACCGAAAUUAGCGACGAGAUCAUCAAAGAUGCCGCCAAGUUGUUCAGUUCAAGCUAUGGCGUAUGGGGCCUGUUGGCUGCGACCAAAAUGGGAGUCUUCGCUAAGCCAGGUCAACGUGUCCGUAUGAGCCUGAAAAUCCUCAAAGAGCAGUGUCUACCUACAUCAAAUGCAUGUAACACCUAUGUCCGUGUUAAAGUAUUCGACAAGCUUGCCGGCAAUGUUUUCGCGACGCGCUGGGUCUAUGAAGGCCGCAACAUGUGUUGGAUUACGCAGCUUUGCGUUGAUCCUCAAUUCCGUGGCCAAGGUCUUGCCACGAAGCUUCUUACCAAUCUACGUGAAGGAGAGCAAGAUAGAGGCUUCGGACUACUCAGUUCCCAUCCCGCCGCCAUUCUUGCCGCCCUUCGGGCAUUUGGGCGCGGCCCAGAAGAAGUUGACCUUACCAUGACUCAAGAGCAUGCCGCAUCCAUCAUGGCUUCUUCACCUAUCAAAUAUGUCCGUACGGCUCGUUUACAUGGUUCGAUUUUCGAUGACAACACACACGACGGAACUGUAUCGUGUGCCGACACCCAAUUUUGGGUAGAUCAUGAAGAGCCUCUGGAGACUUUGGCAAGUGUUCGUGCCAAUGGUAUUGUGUGGCCAUUUGGAGAGCUCCUCGAGGGCCAUGAGUUCCUGAUAAUGGUCAAGGCUAAAGUGAAUAUGAAUCGUCGGACAGCCAUGAUCUCUUCUGAGUUCUAG